AUGGUAGGAAGUUCCAUGGUGUCGGUAGCAGCUACAGCCCCGGAAGUUGAAAAUUUGGCCCUUGUCCUGAAGGACCAGGAGCUGCACCACGGCCGGCGCAAGGUGCCUGCCCUGAAGCUGGAGCUGAACAACCCCAUUAAGCGUUUCUACCGCGCCCCGCUGAACAAGGUCUGCAACAUAUUGACACCUGUUCUGGGCUUCCAGCGUGCGUGCACAGUACGCUUCUGGACCGGAAAAGCACUCCUGGCUCUCACCGGAAUCUACGCCGGUGCCUACUAUUUCAAGUACAAUCAGAAAGAUUUGACCCGCAAGGGUGGCUGGCGUGUAAUUUUCUGCUGCAAGGGGUGCGUACCCGGAGAUGAGGAAUAUCCCAAGGUCUCCGAUCGUUCGGCUCCCUCCGAUUACGCGGCCCGUGGAUUCAAGCAGUCGCCUUAUAGGCUGCAAAUCGUUGUACACCUGGCUUAG